AUGUUUAAAGAAUCAAUUUUUCAUAGCAAUUAAAAAUAAUUUACUUGGAGUUAUCAGCCGAUGCCAAUAAUGUCUAAAAAUGGUGCUUUAGAUGAAGAGUUUAUUCCAUCAUAUUCUAAAUCUUGUAAAAUGAAAAAAUUCAUUUUGAUACAAAAUAUUUUAGGAUGUUAAACAAAAAAAGUAUUCUUAAAUCUUAUAAAGGGACCAAUCAAAUGGAUAAAUUACGAAAAUUCCUUUAUCGAGAUAACAAGAGAUAAAAUACUUGGAGAAGGUAUAGCAAUAAGUAAAGGGAAUACACUAAUUUUAUAUGGAGAAAUAGAAAUUUGGUUCAAUUAUAUGAAAAGAUGGUGUAUAUAAUAAGGUUUCGCAAAUACAUACAAAAUAAUUGAAAAAAUAGGCAAAGGAAAUUAAGCUGAAGUAUUUAUAAUUCUAUUUAGGUUUACAGCUGUAGAUAUUAGUUGGGAGAUGAAAAAUUUGCAGUUAAAUAAUAUUAAAAAUAUAAAUUAACAAAUCGUUAAGAUAAAAUAGCUCUUUUAAAAGAAAUAUCGAUUUUGAGACAAGUAUAAAAUGAAAAUAUAAUUCAUCUUUAUGAAGUAUUUGAGAAUGAAAAUAAUAUAUAUGUAGUGAUGGAAUUAUUAGAAGGAGGAGAUUUACAGGAUUAUUUAAAAUAACCAAAUACUUUUUUAAACGAGAAAUAGUUAGCUAGUUUUAUAUAUAGAUUAUUUAAAGCAAUUUUAUCAUUUCAUAAAAUUGGUAUAAUACACAGAGAUAUUAAACCAAAAAAUAUAAUUUUAAGAAAAUAAAACCUCUCUAAAUUUUGUGUAGUAGAUUUUGGUUUGGCAGAUUAUUACAAUAAAGAUGGGAAAUAUUUAUUUUAAAGAUGUGGAACCCCUGGUUUUGUAGCCCCAGAAAUCUUAAGAGAUGAAUUUUAUGAUUUUAAAGUAGAUGUUUUUAGUGUAGGAGUAAUUAUGUAUAUUUUAAUAACGGGGGAAGAACCAUUUGGAGGAGAUUAUAAUGAAACAAUAACAAAAAAUUAUCUAGGCUAAGUAGAUGUUGAAAAUUUAAAAAUAAGUGAGUAAGGAUAAAUGUUUUUAAAAUGUUUAUUUGAAAUUAAGGAUCUAAGACCAACAGUAAAAGAAGCAAUGAAUCACUAAUGGUUUAAAUAGGAAAUGAUUGUCACAGAGAAAUACAGAAUUCGUAUUAAGGAACCUCAAAUUAAAUAGACUCAAUUAGUUUUACAUUCAGCAAGAGAUACUAUAUCAAAUAGCUAAUUAUUAAAACCUAACAGAGCUGUUUUAUCUACUAAAAAUUCAAACUAUCGCUUGAGUCCAAUAGGUUCAAAGAAGCCAACUCCAAAUCCAAGUCCAUGCGCAAAGAGGAAAUCUCUAAAAUGAAAU